AUGGAAUUGAUUAAUUGGACCAAGAGGUACUCGCCUUCUCAGUCAUUCUUCAAGAUGCAUGCCGGUUAUACAAAGAAUAAUGGGAGGGAUCUAGGCCUGGAUGGACGUGGGACCACAAAUCUCAAGCGAAAACGAAGCAUGGCCUCUUUCUCCAUGCAAAUCCUGGCCGGGCGCAAAGAAUUCAGGACGGUGUACCGUGCUACUUUCAAUCCUGCCGCGAAGCGUCUUCGAGUCUACGUGCAUAGCAUGUCUGAACCCAUCCCAGUCCAACGUGAAGGCUUCAGUCGUUGGCCAGUGCUCCUUCUGCCAUUCGUAGGCAAGGGAAAGGGAAAGGGGGAUUGGCUCGAUCCAGGGUUGAAGACAUGGAAGAGGAGGGUACAAAGACAUGGCACUCAUGUAUGGACGCAAGUUAGCGGCUAUUUUGAGAGCAUGGGGGAGAGCAGUGAUACCAAUUUCACGAAUUUUAAGAAGCUGAAGAAGCUACCGCAGUGGGGGACGGGAGAAAGGCAGGACUCCAGAUCUAUCGUUGAUAUCAUUUUCUCGGAAGUACGACAUCCCUUUACGGCAUUUCUCUAUUCUCAGCUCUCCGUUGUCUUUCAAUACUAG